UUUGCUUGCUUAUCGGUUUGGUAAGAUAGACGCGUUAGCUGACUCGCACAGAUGAUAAGCCGUGUAUAACGUAGUAGAGAACUAGUCAUUUGGCAAAAUUCAGUUCAUUUUCUUGAAUGAGUUUCAUUCUUUCUACGUGAACAGUUGUUAAAAUAUUACUGCAAUGGACUUUCGUACCAUAUUCUUGUUUCUGGUCACCGGAUACGUCGCAGAUUGCUCAAGGAUUCUGGCAAUAUUUCCGUACCAAGGUCGAAGCCACAACAUAAUGUUCGAGCCUCUGAUGAUCGGUCUGGCACGUGCAGGUCACUCAGUUGACGUAGUUAGUCAUUUUCCGCCAAAAAAGCAAGUGGCAGGUUUCAACCACAUUAAUCUAGAAGGCACAUUGCACUCCUACGUCAAUAAUGUAACCGUAAAACUUGCACGACAAGCGAGUGGAGUGUACGAGACUUUGAAAUUUCUUUCCCAACGAGAACCCGAAAGUCUUUGCAACCUGAUGCGAUUGCCGCAACUGCAGAAUGUCAUCAAUUCAGACAAGAAGUAUGACAUCCUGAUCACCGAGAUACUAGGGUCAAACUGUUACCUUGCUGUGGCUCACAAAAUGAAGAUUCCAUUCGUUGGAAUGGUCACCAAUGUCAUGUAUUCCUGGGCUAUCGAUCCUGUUUACGGUGACGCGAAUCCAAGUUUCAUUCCGUCACAGCUGUCUACUUUCACAAACGAGAUGAGCUUCUUUGAACGCGUGGAGAAUCUUAUAAUUCACGUUUAUUCCAAGUUUCUCUUCUCAUAUUUCGACAAAACUGUGUCUGAUCCACUCGCUAAAAAGUACUUCAAGGAUGUUCCACCAUUGAGUGAUAUCUACAAUAACAUGAGUCUGGUAUUAGUGAACAGUCAUUUUAGUAUCCACGGUGUCCGUCCAGAGACCCCGGCCAUCGUUGAAGUAGCAGGUCUACACAUCGACGAAACCCAAGUGCUUUCAGAGGAAUUGGAGACGUAUUUGAAUUCCUCCAAGGAUGGAGUGGUGUACUUCAGUAUGGGCACAAUGGUGCGGUCUGACUCAUUCACAGUGGAAAGGAUAUUAGCAAUAUAUGAAAGUUUUUCAGAAUUGAAAAAUUACAAAGUAUUAUGGAAGGGUAACAUGGAGGAUAUGCCGAAGCCAUUACCGUCGAAUGUCAAGAUAGUUUCAUGGGCACCGCAGUACGCAGUACUCCGUCAUCCAAAGGUAAAGGCAUUCGUGACGCAUGGAGGUUUGAUGGGGACCCAGGAGGCAAUACAGGCUGGAGUUCCAAUGAUUGGGAUCCCGUUUUUCUCUGACCAGACGUUUAACAUAAUGGGAUACGUGCAGAAAGGCUUCGCUGUUCACAUUGACUACGACAAUAUAAACAAAGCGAGUUUUUCCAAGGCCUUAAGAGAAGUACUGUUGGACCCAAAGUACCAAUCUAAUGCAGCACGUUACUCAAAACUGUUCAGAGACCGUCCUCUAUCGGCGAUGGAUGAGGCCAUUUUUUGGAUUGAAUACGUAAUUCGUAACGGAGGCGAGCCACUCAGAUCCUCGGGUCGUCAUCUUAACUGGUUUCAGUAUUACUUGAUAGACGUGAGUCUAUUUCUAUUGGUUAUAACAAUCCUUGCCACGAUCGUCGUAUUCACCUUCGUAAAAAAAGUACUCUGUCUUAUUGCUCGCGAACAAAGUUGUGAGAAUCAUGUUAAAGAUAAAUCUUCCUAGACGCGUGUGCACAAUAGAAUAUUAAGUCUAAGUUGAUCUUCCAAAAUAGUAAGUAAGUACUCUCGAGUCUCGUUAGCGCAGACUCAAGCUUUUGGGUGAGUGGAUUUGGUUAUGUCACAUCGAACCUGAAUAACUCACUACUUAUCUGUAAUGUUUUGAUCAGCGUAUAUUCUAAGCCUACUUUACAACGUCCACCAUAAUUGGUCUUUCACAUUUUAGAAAAGCAU